AACCAGACAAAACGGAAGUUGCUGCCCUGCUAUUAAAGAUGGUAGCCAGUUAAGAGUCGAGCUAGUAGCUUUUAAGCAAGAUAUUCAUCUCAAUAUAAAACAAUACAGCGCCGUAGAAAAUGACCAUUAGUCGAAACUGACGAGAUACAGCCUACCUGCCUUUCCACGUGGAAGAAAACGGGGGACAGAGACUUGCUAACUACGUAGUUGGCUUUUCUACAAGGAAUCUGGUGUAUGGACUUCCUGCUGUCUUCUUCUACUACAGGUCAUCUAAAGUGUAUGGACUUCCUGCUGUCUUCUUCUACUACAGGUCAUCUAAAGUGUAUAGACUUCCUGCUGUCUUCUUCUUCUACAGGUCAUCUAAAGUGUAUGGACUUCCUGCUGUCUUCUUCUACUACAGGUCAUUUACAGUGUAUGGACUUCCUGCUGUCUUCUUCUUCUACAGGUCAUCUAAAGUGUAUGGGCUUCCUGCUAUCUUGCCAUUGACUGCAUUGUUGUUCCCAACAGCAGGACAACAUGAGUGGAGAGAGGGAAACAUUGUUGGAUGAAAUCGAACAGACUUUAAACUGUCUAACCAAGGACAAUUUACUUUACCUGUGUGAACGCUGUGGAAUUGAUGGCUCCCAAGUUAAAGGAAAGAACCAUCGCUCGUUGCGACGUAAAAUCAUGGAGGAAAUGUGGGAAAAUGCAGAUUCGGUCAAAUCGGAGGAGCAGGGAAUGUCUUGGUUACUCCGACUGAAAGAUGACAUCAGAAAGAUACAGGAAGAAUCUACUGUGUCACCCAUGAGUCACAGCCAGUCUGAUGAUGAUGCUACAGACUGCGAUGAAGAAUGGGACAUGGAAAACAAGGAUUGGUUUCUUAGCAACGGGCUGGAGGCAGCUCCAGAGAACCACACCCCAGAGCAGUGGCAGAGGGGUGACACGUCUCUCCCACCCGCCUCCCCUCUCCCCGAGUCCCCAGGUCCUGCCUCUCCCGCUAGCACAUUACUACUGGGUUUGAAGAGGGUGUCUGUGCGGCUGGUUGACUGCAGGAAAACACUGGAGCUGAGUGGAACUACGAGAGUAGGAGGAGAAGAGAAGGGAUAUGGAGAUUCAGAUUCGACGUCAUCAAGUAGGAACAAUGGGGACAACCCUAACUAUCGCUCGCUCAGUGGGAAGAACUUAUCAUCUGGGAAGGCUCCAGGGUUGAAAGUGAUCCAGCGACCUUAUAGCUGUCAUGUAUGUGAGAAGAGUUUCACUCAAUCAGGAAACCUACGACGGCACCAAAGAGUACACACAGGAGAGAGACCAUAUGUCUGUCUUAUAUGUGGAAAGAGUUUCCGUAUGUCAGGAACACUGACUAGACACAAGAGAACACACACAGGAGAGAAACCAUAUGGCUGUCCUAUAUGUGGAAAGCGUUUCCGUACAUCAGGACAAUUGACUAUACACAAGCGAACACACACUGGAGAGAAACCUUAUAGCUGCGAUCAAUGUGGGAAGAGUUUUACUCAAGCUUGUUCCCUGACUGAACACAAGCGAACACACACUGGCGUGACGUUCCACUGCUCAGACUGUGAGAAGAGCUUCCCUACAUCAGUGAAGUUGAAACGGCACCAGCAAACACACACAGGAGAGAAACCUUAUCGCUGUGAUCAAUGUGGGAAGAGUUUUGCGAGAGCUUAUUCCCUGACUGAACACAAGCUAACACACACAGGAGAGAAACCAUAUGUCUGUGAUCAGUGUGGGAAGAGAUUUACUAACUCAGGAACACUGACUUUACAUAAGCCAACACACACUGGAGAGAAACCUCGUAGCUGUGCUAUAUACAGCUGUAAGCACUGUGAGUGGAGUUUUGCUCAUUCAGAAGACCUAGCAAGACACCACCAGAGAAAACACAUGUGGGAGGGUAUUCAUGUCUGUGAUCAAUGUUGGAAGAGUUUUGCUAGUUCUGGAGACCUGAAUAUACACAAGCGUAUACACACAGGCGAGAAACAAUAUGUCUGUGAUCAGUGUGGAAAGAGUUUUUCUAGUUCGGGAAACCUGAAUAUACACAAGCGUAUACACACAGGCGAGAAACCAUAUGUCUGUGAUCAAUGUGGGAAGAGCUUUGCUUCAUCGGGAUUCCUGACUAAACACAAGCAUAUACACACCGGAGAGAAACCUUACAGUUGUGAACAGUGUGAGAAGAGAUACAUUUCCAAAGGAGAGUUGAGAACCCACCAGCUUGUACACCCCAGACAGAACUCUCUUUUCCUGUGCGAUCGAUGUGGGAAGAGCUUCACACACAUGGGAUCCCUGAAUGUACACAUGCGUAGGCACACAGGAGAGAAACCCUACCGCUGCGAUCAAUGUGGGAAGAGCUUUAUUCAGCCAGUAGAAUUGAAAAUGCACCAACGAGUGCACACUGGAGAGAAACCCUACAGCUGUGAUCUAUGCAGGAAGAGAUUCGCUCAGUCAGGACUGCUGACUGUACACAAGAGAACACACACUGGAGAGAAACGUUAUAAAUGUGACAUAUGUGGGAAGAGAUUUGCUCAGUCAGGAAACAUGAAGAGUCAUCAGAAAACCCACACAGGCGGAGAGAGAACCCGCACAGGCGGAGAGAGAACCCGCACAGGCGGAGAGAGAACCCGCACAGGCGGAGAGAAAAUCCACACAGGUGGAGAGAGAAGUCAUUCAGACAGAGGACUGAAUCACCUCCACACCUCCAUCCUCUCAGGCAUCAGUUCUCAGGAUCCCUCUGUCGACUCUGGGCAAACAUCACAGGAUCCCUCUGUCGACUCUGGGUAAACAUCACAGGAUCCCUCUGUCGACUCUGGGCAAACAUCACAGAAUCCCUCUGUAGACUCUGGGUAAAAUAGCCCACUUUGUAUUCCAUAUACAGUGUACAUUGCAUGGAGGCGGCAGAGGACGAAGUGCUGCUGGAUAUGUACGACACAGUCCCCCUCAAGUAAUAUUGGUUAGUAUUUUGUUACAAUACGAAUAUCCGUAAGUGAUUUUAAUAUGCGUUUGUGCCUGACCAUGUCCACCGGGAAUGUUUAUUGGUGGCUAUGUUUUGUUUUAAAGUGACCAUGUUUUAAAUUACUAGCCUAGAAUAUAUUGCCUUACGAGAAUUUUGUCCAUAGAGGGACACCAUUAUCAAGUUUCCUGCAGAUUCAGUCAUUCGGUUGCAGAGGAGUAACGUUUUAAGGGUUUUUCACUCAAUUCAAAGUGGCAGAAAAUCCAUCAUGGCGGUCCUUAUGGUUCUCUGAGGCACAUGUGUUCCUUUUUUUUUACCCCCUUUUCUCCCCAAUUUUGUGGUAUCCAAUUGGUAGUCGUUACAGUCUUGUCUCAUUGCUGCAACUCCCAUACGGACUUGGGAGAGGCGAAGAUCGAGAGCCAUGCGUCCUCCAAAACACAACUCAACCUAGCCGCACUGCUUCUUGACACAACGCACAUCCAACCUGGAAGCCGCACCAAUGUGUUGGAGGAAACACAGUACACCUGGCGACCUGGUCAGCGUGCACUGCGCCCGGCCCGCCACAGGAGUCGCUAGUGCGCGAUGAGACUGCAUCGCAGUGCAUCGGCCAAACCCUCCCUAACCCGGACGACGCUGAGCCAAUUGUGCAUCUCCCCAUGGGCCUCCCGGUCACGGCCGGCUGCGGCAGAGCCUGGGCUCGAACCCAGAAUCUCUGGUGGCACAGCUAGCUAGACCACUGCACCACCCGGGAGGCCCGCAAAUAUGUUCCUUGUGAGUAGAAGGAUCUAUAUCCUGCAUUUCAUGACUUUAGGUCAAACGGGGUGAAGGGCGCGAUCUUUCAAAGUUUGCAUUUUCAAUCUCUUGUUAUAGCGCCACCGUCUGGUCAAUCAGUGUGAUCUCUAAAUGGCAGGACGCAUCAUUCACCCAAGUUUUGUCAAAAUCGGGCCAGUGGUGUCGGAAAUCGUGUGUAAACAUACCUGAACAUGUACAAACGGAUCAACAUGGUGCUUUCCAGAUAACUGGGAACUCUGUUGGGAGGGGAGGGGCAAUGUGUUCCAGAUGAGGUCAUGACAUCGGUGAUCUAUAACGGCUGAAACAUGCAAUAGGAGUGUGUUCCUAUGCUUAGACGUUGCUGACUACUGACAGCUCUUACAAUGCCUGGAUAGGUAUUUCACCUAUCAGCUCUUACAAUGCCUGGAUAGGUAUUUCACCUAUCAGCUCUUACAAUGCCUGGAUAGGUAUUUCACCUAUCAGCUCUUACAAUGCCUGGAUAGGUAUUUCACCUAUCAGCUCUUACAAUGCCUGGAUAGGUAUUUCACCUAUCAGCUCUUACAAUGCCUGGAUAGGUAUUUCACCUAUCAGCUCUUACAAUGCCUGGAUAGGUAUUUCACCUAUCAGCUCUUACAAUGCCUGGAUAGGUAUUUCACCUAUCAGCUAACCACAUAUUGUUAUAGCCUGGCGAGGAGAAGCUCUGCAGACCGUGUCCUGAAGUAAUUUAGCCGCACUCUGUAGAGUUGCUAUUUUCUCAAGUUUUCUCAAUGAACUUGACAUUCCUGGAUUACUCAUUAUAUUAAUGAAGUCUGAUUCAAUCAACAAAUACGAUGGUCCAUUUUUUUUUUUUAAAGGUUAAGGGUCCAAGACUGUGUACAUAUCUGGUGGCUGUGUUGGCAAAAUCACUGCAAAUCCCAUCGUGCCAUGUAGGGAGAGGCUGCCCGUUGUCACAGUUCCAAGACCAGUCAGUAACGUCCAGCUAAACCCCUACGUCAAUGACGCCGGUGGAUCUUUAAACUGAUCUUAGGUUUGCUUUAAGUUGCAAUAAAACACGACGGAUGGUUCGAACCAGUCAUGACUAUUCAACAAAACAAUAAAUCCUUUUCAACUUUCUUUGAA